AUGGCUCCAGCUUCCAAAGACUCGUUGACGGUCGUAGACAAUCGAAACGGCAAAACAUACGAGAUUCCAAUUGCUGUUACAGCACACGACGCGUCUGUGCCAGCUUCGGCAUUCAAGGACAUUAUACAUGUCAAAGAGGAUCCCAGGACUGGAAACAAGGAGAAAGUCGGUCUUCGAGUUGUCGAUCGAGGCUUCCUCAAUACGGCCGUGAUACAGUCCUAUAUUACUUUUAUUGAUGGAGACCGUGGUAUACUCCGCUACCGAGGGUAUCCCAUUGAGCAACUCGCCGAACAGUCCAAUUUUCUUGAAACCUCCUACUUGCUGAUCUGGGGAGAGCUUCCUUCUAAGUCUCAAUACGAUCGCUUCCACGACGAGGUCAUGAAUCACAGCACGACACAUGUGGAUAUUGAGCAUGUCUUCAAGUCAUUCCGUUAUGAUGCCCACCCCAUGUCGAUUCUCACCAGUGUAUUUGCGGCCCUGGGAAGUUAUUAUCCAGAAGCGAACCCAAGUCUUCAAGGCCAGAAUCUAUUCACAAAGAAGGAUCUCGCCUCGGUUCAGAAUAUGGACAAGCAAAUCUAUCGUCUCAUUGGAAAGGCACCAACACUUGCUGCCAUGGCGUAUCGUGUUCGUCAGGGACGUCACUUUAUCACUCCCCCACCAGGACUCUCUUACACUGGGGCUUUCCUGUACCAAAUGGACUGCCUGGGUCAGGCAGAGUACAAACCUAACCCGGUCCUGGAACGCGCGCUCGAUAUCUUGUUCAUCCUGCAUGCAGACCACGAGAUGAAUGCGUCGACGACAACUGUUCUCCAGGCAGGUAGUUCGUUGACAGAUCCUUAUUCGGCAAUUGCAACGGGAUGCGCAUCGCUAUACGGACCGCUGCACGGAGGAGCAAAUGAAGCCGUGAUUCGAAUGCUCAUUUCCAUCGGCUCCCCAGACAAUGUGCCCGCAUUCUUGGAGCAAGUCAAGAGACGAGAGAAGCUUCUCUCGGGCUUUGGUCAUCGCGUGUACAAGACGACGGAUCCUCGCUCCAGAAUUAUUCGGAGGACCGCGGAUGAAGUGUUCAAAGUUACCGGAAAGGAUCCGCUGAUUGAAACUGCAAUGCGCCUGCAUGACAUGGCGCUUAAGGACGAGUAUUUUGUCAAACGAAACCUAUAUCCUAAUGUGGACUUUUGGAGGUGA